AUUGUUUGUAUUUCACUUUACCACUGUGAUUGAUUGUUAGUGUGGAAACAAAAACACUUUUCCAAUUUUUGCUUAAAUUUAAUAAACAGUUAUUAGAUUUCCUCACAAAAUUAUGUUAAAAAUGUGUAAAAAAAUCAUAAAAUUAAUUUAAAAAUUGCAUGCAACAUAAAAACAUGUCUCAAGUUAUACGCAAAGCUCAGCCAGAUUGUUUGCGUUACUUUCUAAAAGUUUUACGCAGUCCCAAUGGUAGCAGCCAUGAGGAAAAUAGCCAUCAUCAAAAUGGACGUGAGGAAUCAUGUUCGGUCGACAAUUUGGUAGAUGUUUUACUAAAAAAAGGCAACUAUUCUAUAUCGGCCGCAAAGGAAACUGUGGCUAAUGCUUUACGUGAUGGUUUGCUUAUGCCUGUAUCGGCCACAGUGUCUUCACCACGUUCUCCCAGAGCUGUAGUGCCUGAACUUAAACGUUUGCGUUUACCCACACUACAAGAGAUCAAAGAGAAGACCUCUCACGAUUUAUAUUGUUAUGAAUGCCACUUACCCGGCAUGUUGGAGGAAUGUCGUCAAUGUUGGCGUUCAUUUCAUCGCCUGUGUUAUCGCAAAAACCCUGAGCGUCCCAAUUAUACUGUACCUUCAUCGCGCAUACAGAAAAAUCGUUUGCCGGCAUUUAGUUCGGACACCGAAUCGGAAACUGAUGAUAUGGGCACAGUACGUUGUUCUACCGCUCUGGGUUAUGAAAGUGAUAUAAGAGCUAAUUCUUCACUAACACAGCUAGAUCAAAAUUCUACCGCCAGUUGGACGCCACAACAUCAACAGCCUAAUGCAGCCGAAGAAAUAACCAACAUGGACAGCUUUUCUCCCUCUACUGCUAACGAUCUUAACAGCAGUAAUGUACACACAGAAGGUAAACCCUUAUUAGAUGAUAUUGAAAGUAAGACAAAAGUUGAAGUGGUCUGUAUGGGUGAAAUACGACCACCAAAUCGUCAACGACCCAAUACUACUGCGUCUAGUAUUUCGUAUAAAAGUGAAAUAUCACCCAACGAAGAAGAUGAACAUGAUUUGGAAUUGUGUACCAGUUGUCGUUUACUCAAACGUGCCGAUUUACGCAAUCCUGCCAAUUUACAAGCAGAUGAAUUAUGUCAUUUAGUUAAAUUUACAUUUUCUUAUAAUCGCGAAUGGUUAACACAUGAUGUUCGUACGUAUUUAGAAGCGAUGCGUGCAAAUGAAACGGAAAUUAAUCUUGUGGCACGUUUAAUGUUACAUUCCACUAUUAGGGGAUUGGAUGAUGUAACAGGGAAACUGGAUAGAAAAGAAUAUACAUUUCUAAUGGAAUUUUUAGUGGAUUUAUUGGAUAUUCAACAUAGUAUUGGAGUGUUUUUUGGGGCCUACAGUACAGAAAUGGAAUCUACCAAAUGGUUAUUACGCGACAUCACACAUGAUCUUUCGGAAAUACGCCGAUGUCCGGACUGCUUUCGUUACUCACAUGAAAAACAAUCUGCUGUUUGGUUUGCCAUGCCUUGUGUACAACGUCAUGAACUGGUUUAUGCAAAACACAGCGGUUUCCCCUAUUGGCCGGCCAAAGUUAUACGCGUUUUACCCAAUAAUAAAUUCGAUGUACGUUUCUUUGGUGGUAAUCAUUCACGUGCCCUAAUCGAUGUGCGUUACAUUAAACCCAUUGAUGCCGAUACCAAGUCACUUAAAUUGGGAAAUAGUCCAGCCAUUAAGAAGGCAAUGGAAGAAUUACGUUAUCAUCAAACCUUAUCAUCUUAUCCACCAAGUGCAUUUAGUUUCCAUGCAAAUCCUCAACAAACCGAAGAAAUCAUACGUAAUGUUUUAGGUUCUGCAUCAAUGGAUAGUAGUUUAAACAAGGGAAAGCCUGGCAAACGUAAACGUAAAAAUUCUUUAACUAUAACAAAAACGAUUGGAAAAACCCCCAAGGAUAAUCAAUUUAAUUUAAACUUAUCGCAAGACAGCAUUAAUGAGGAUAACAAUGUUUUAACCAACAGUCAAACGACUUUGUGUACUGAAGUAUCAGUAUCGUUAAAACGUUUGAAAACUAAUAAUUUAAAUAAUAUUAAUACUAAGGAAGACAAUAACAAUAAUAGUAGUAAACGUUCAACCCGUAAAACAAUUAAGUUAACAGAAAACGAUGAUCGACUUAAAAUGUUAAAUGAACUGGAGAAUGCUCAUAAAGUUAUAAAUGAAUAUAAACAGAAAAAUGAAAAACUGGAAGCUCAAAAGCGUAAAUUAAAAGAAACCAUUAAGAAACAAGAAAUGGAAUGUAAAAUACUGAAACGUAAACAAUGGUGUUAUUGGUGUCUGGAAGAAGCCAUUUAUUUAUGUUGCUUUCGUGCUGCUUAUUGUUCGGAAAUAUGUCAGGCACGCCACUGGAAAGAUGGUCAUAGUAAAGUUUGUAAAAAUCAAUCGGAUAGUAGACAAACUACAUAAUAUUAAAAUUAAACUCUUAACGAUUUUAUCUCAAUUUAAUAUUCUUUGGUAUAUAUAUAUAUAUAUAUAUAUAUAUAUAUUUUUUUUUUUUGAUAUUUAUUUUUUCCCAUUUUUUUUCUUUACAAAUUAUUUAGUAGUUUUAGCAUCUCUAUAAAUUUUGAAAAAUUAUGUGUAAAUUUCAUGUUAUUUAGAGAAAACGCAAUAAUGAAUUUAACAAAGUUUUUAAUGGGCAAAUGUUUAAUCCUCACAUUUUUUAUUUUUGUUAU